GCCACUUGGCUUGCAUGAAGCGUACGUUUUAGCUAGUGGUGGACUCGCUUUGCUUGUAUUAAAAAAGGAAACCAAAAAAGGGGGGAAAUGGAAACCACCAAUUCCGCGCAUGCAUAUGCAUGUUGGAGCGAUUAUAAAGCCAAUUUUCAUCAUUCAUAGAACACAAAACACAAACACUCCAAAAUGAUUCAUAGAACACAAACACCAGAUCUCCCUAACCGCACCUCAGAUUCACCGCCAAAAUCAACGAACCGCAUCGGUUACAUGUUUCGCGAGCGCGUGCCGUUCCUGCUCGUGGGCGUGGCCAUUGCCAGCGUCUUCUUCCAGCUCCUCCCUUCUCGAUCCAUAGUGUCGGCUCCUCACGACUCGUUCCUCGAGACCGAGUUGGCUCUGCCGACUCGGCGGGUGCUGUUGGAAGGGUCGACGACUCAGGAGAAGAAGGGAAGGGUCCCUCUCGGGGUGAGAGGCAAGAAGCAGAAGAGGGUCCUGGUGACCGGUGGAGCCGGUUUCGUUGGAAGCCAUCUGGUGGACCGUCUGAUUGAAAGGGGCGACAGCGUGAUCGUGGUAGAUAACUUGUUCACGGGAAGGAAAGAGAACGUGCUGCACCACAUGGGGAACCCAAACUUCGAACUCAUUCGCCACGACGUCGUUGAACCCAUCCUUCUCGAGGUUGACCAGAUCUACCACUUGGCUUGCCCCGCUUCUCCUGUCCAUUACAAGUUCAACCCCGUCAAGACAAUCAAGACAAAUGUGGUGGGCACGCUCAACAUGUUGGGAUUGGCAAAGAGAGUGGGUGCUCGUUUUCUGAUUAGUAGCACCAGUGAGGUUUACGGUGAUCCACUUCAGCACCCUCAGGCUGAGACCUACUGGGGAAACGUUAAUCCCAUUGGUGUAAGGAGCUGUUAUGACGAGGGAAAGCGCACUGCAGAGACUUUGGCAAUGGAUUAUCACAGAGGUGCUGGUAUUGAGGUAAGGAUUGCUCGAAUCUUCAACACUUAUGGACCGAGAAUGUGCCUUGAUGAUGGGCGUGUAGUCAGUAACUUCGUCGCUCAGGCUUUGAGGAAGGAGCCAUUGACUGUUUAUGGCGAUGGAAAGCAGACACGAAGCUUUCAAUAUGUCUCAGACCUGGUAGAAGGCUUAAUGCGGCUGAUGGAAGGUGAGCAUGUUGGUCCUUUCAAUCUCGGCAACCCUGGUGAAUUCACCAUGCUUGAACUGGCUCAGGUGGUGCAAGAGACUAUAGACCCAAAUGCGAAGAUAGAGUUUAGACCUAACACAGAAGAUGACCCACAUAAGAGGAAGCCCGACAUCUCCAAAGCGAAGGAGCUUCUUGGUUGGCAGCCCACUGUGUCCCUCCGUGAGGGACUUCCUCUGAUGGUCUCUGAUUUCCGGCAAAGAUUGUUUGGUGACUCAAAACUCACUGGCGGCAAAGGUGCAUCCGAAGCAGCAUAGAUUAAUAUAAAAACUAUGUGAGGUAGAAAAGAGAAUUAAAAGUUAGCAAAAAUAAACAUUAUAUAUAUAACAAAAUUUGGCUUGAGUAGCUCAUUUUGAAUUACAUUAGAUAUCUAUAUAUUAGGCAUUCAGUGAGAUUUAUAUAUACUAUACCUCUGACAGCGAAAUAAACAGCAUACCUACCAAUAGA